AUGAAUGUUGCAAUGGAUGAAUAUGGAAACCCUUUUAUUAUUUUGAAAGAACAGGAACAAAAACAACGAUUAAAAGGUAUAGAUGCGCAUAAGUCGAAUAUUUUAGCUGCCAAGUCUGUUGCUGAUAUAUUGAGAACAAGUUUGGGUCCAAAGGGAAUGGAUAAGAUAGUGGUUAGCCCUGACGGAGAGGUCGUGGUUACUAACGAUGGUGCAACCAUAAUGGAAAAAAUGAAUAUUAACAACGAAUGCGGGAAACUUUUGGUAGAAUUAUCUAAGUCGCAAGAUGCAGAGAUAGGUGAUGGAACAACCGGAGUUGUGAUAUUAGCUGGUGCUCUGCUAGAACGUUCAGUUGAAUUACUUGAAAAAGGGAUACAUCCAAUUAGGAUUGCAAACGGCUUUGAGCACGCAUGUUCAAUAGCAUUGAAGAAACUUGAAGAAAUAUCGCUAAAUAAUGGGAAAAUUUCUGAUAUUAAUAAUGAUCUUCUAUUUAACUCGGCAAUGACAGCAUUAGGGUCCAAGGUUGUCAGUAGUCAACAGGAGCAUUUUGCGAAAAUGGCAAUUGAGGCAGUUUUAGCAGUUGCCGAUUUAGAGAGAAGAGACGUGAAUUUUGACCUAAUAAAUAUUCAAGGAAAACCUGGAGGUAGAUUAGAAGAAAGUUGUGUAGUUCAUGGUAUUGUUUUAGAUAAGGAAAUGAGCCAUCCUCAAAUGAACAAGAAGAUUGAUAAUGCAAAGAUAGCUCUUCUUACUUGUCCAUUUGAGCCACCCAAACCAAAAACCAAACACAAAAUUGACAUAAAAAAUUCCGCAGACUUCGAUGUUUUGUUUGAAACUGAACAGAAGUACUUCUCAGAUAUGAUAGAUAAGGUAGUUUCAUCAGGUGCCAACAUGGUUGUUUGCCAAUGGGGAUUUGACGAUGAGGCAAAUUAUAUGCUUUCUCAGCGUGGACUUCCAUCAAUUAGAUGGGUUGGUGGAGUUGAAAUCGAAUUACUUGCUAUUGCAACGGGAGCUCAUAUAGUACCAAGGUUUGAGGAUCUAUCGGAAGACAAGCUCGGUAAUGCCGCGUCGGUUAAGGAAGUAACAUCGGGAACAGAAAAAGAUAAGCUAAUUUUCAUUGAAGGAUGCAGUAAAUCUAAGGCGGUUACUGUUUUAAUUAGAGGAGGAAAUCAAAUGGUCGUGGACGAAGCAAAGCGAUGUAUUUACGAUGCACUGUGCGUCGUGAGAAAUUUAAUAAGAGACAGUAGAGUGGUUCCUGGGGGGGGUGCUUCUGAGAUAGCAUCAAGUAUUGCAGUGCAAAAGGCUGUAGAAUCGGUUUCAUCUAUUGAGCAAUUUGCAGUGGAAGCGUUUGCAGAUGCAUUACUUUCACUACCUUAUGCGCUUGCGGAUAAUUGUGGUUUGAGCUCUAUUUCAUUAGUUGGCGAGGCAAAACAAAAGCAAAUUUCACUGGAAAACCCUAGUUACGGGAUAGAUUGUGACAAUUUAUCUGUAGGGAAUAUGGAAGAAGUAAAGGUAUUCGAAUCUCUAGCAUCAAAACAACAUCAGCUUGCAUUGGCGACUCAGGCCGUUAAGAUGAUACUAAAAAUCGAUGACGUAAUUAAACCAUCGGAAGUCUUUUAA